AGGCAAAGCAACAAUCAAUCGGUUCUGUUUGUUCAGUGAUCAUUCUGCAAAAAUGAGUACACUCAAUCGACCGAAAUCUCCGCGGACGCCAACUUCUGGCAAAAAUUUCGACAAAGAGGAAAGUUUCUGGGACAAAAUCGGCACUCUGGGCCGAAAGAAACGCAUUAAAGAAGUUCAAGAAGUCCAAGAGGAAGGUAAAAUUGCCAUCGACUCACCUGGAAACCCGAACGCACCGAUCGUUCCACCGGAGGAGUACAAUCUCGAAGAUAACGAGUCCAGAUCGAUCAUCCAGCCAGCAUCGUUGCAGCAUCCACACGUCCGAGAGCUGCUGCAGGUGCUGAUUGACUGGAUCAACGAUGAACUGGUCGAGGAACGUAUCAUCGUCACGGACAUUGAAGAGGACCUUUACGAUGGCCAGGUGUUGCAGAAGUUAUUCGAGAAGCUAACCGGUCACAAACUGAACGUUCCGGAAGUGACACAAUCGGCCGAAGGACAACGGCAAAAGUUAGCCGUUGUGUUGAAUGCAGUUAAUCAUACCUUGGGCUUCCACCACAACAUCCCGAAAUGGACGGUGGAAAGUAUUCACACGAAAAACAUCGUUUCGAUUCUGCAUCUGCUAGUGGCAUUAGUUCGUCAUUUUCGAGCACCGAUUCGUUUGCCGGAGAACGUCCAAGUCACAGUCGUAAUGGCACAGAAGAUCAACGGGAAGCUAACUAGCAAACAAUUUCAAGAACAGAUUACGCUCCAGUACGAUGACGUUGGAAUGCGCUGUGAGCGAGAUGCCUUCGAUACGUUGUUCGAUCACGCUCCGGAAAAGCUGGCUGUCGUCAAGAAGUCGUUAAUCACCUUCGUCAACAAGCAUUUGAACAAACUGAACUUCGAGGCCGCUGACCUCGGUUCUGACUUCAAGGACGGUGUGUUCCUGUGUUUGCUGAUGGGCCUGCUCGGAGGGUUUUUCGUGCCGCUGCACGAGUUUCAUCUUACCCCGAAGGAUACGGAACACAUGGUGCACAAUGUUAGCUUCGCGUUCGAGUUGAUGAUGGAUCAGGGAUUGAAACCGAAAGCUCGACCGGAAGAUAUUGUCAACAUGGAUCUGAAAUCCACCCUACGUGUUCUGUACACUCUGUUCACGAAGUAUCGGAAUAUAUCCUAGGUUGAACAACCGUAGCCUGCAGUGGGCCUACAAUGCCUUGGUAGCUAUUGGAAAACGGGAGAGAUUUUAACAGCAUUGGCAAACGUUGUAGUAUUAAUGUUAGUGUUUUAACAAAUUAACAUUUCGACAAAAAAAAACACGCACAAUGUUUAAAAAAAAUAGAGUAGUGUUUCUACAUAUUUAUCGCAGCUAAUUUCCCGAUAGUCAGAAGAAAUGAUAAAUAAUUACUUCAUUUUGAUGUUCAUUCGAAGCAGUUAUAUUUGAUGUUAACUUAUACAGCGCAUCUUUUACUUAAUGCAAUAAAAAAGUCUAACAAAGUA